ACAACAAAAGCACAGCGUUAAUACUUAAUUACCUUGCUAACUGCUUUAAAACAACCUCACUAGCAUGUCAUAUUAUGCUGGUUGUGGACUGUCUGUCUGCAGUUUUGUGAUAAAGGGUAAAUAGUACAGGCAGGCAGCGCUGCAGCAACAUGUCUUGGCAAGGCUGGCAAAUAAAAAUGUAUUUGUAAAGAAACCCCUCCCAGCACGGUGAGCCUAUCAAAAUCAAAGCAGCGCGCUUCCUCUUUCUGUUUUUUUUAUGACUCUCUGGCUGCCUGGUUUCAAGCCCUGAGGCAGAUCAAACUGGUUCGUGUGUGAAGCAGGUUAACCAGAGAAAGAGAGCAGGCGCGAAGGGCGGAGGGAGGAACUGUGGAAUGUGUGCGUGUAUGAGAGAGACAGAGAGAGAGAACAGACUGAAGGAAUAAGGGAGAAAAAAAAAAACAGUAGGAAGCUGCUGGGCAAAAAGAGAAAGCGCAGCCUAAAAUGAGAAAGCUCUUUGCAGCUCUCUCUCUCUCUCUCAUAAUCUCUAAGCCUUUAUCAGUUGCCUUAUUUGGAGAGCUUCUCGCUGCGGCUGCAGCUGUGUGGCUCGUUCACCAAGCCACUUCUCACAUUUCCCCCCACCCCUCCCCCACAGCUUAAGCCAGUCACAAAGCUGCUCUCCAUCACGUGGCCAUCCCUAACUGGCUCAACUGUCUGGUUGCCUAGGACACCGAGCUCAAGGCAAGGAGGGGGAGGGUGAGAGAGCAGCAGAGGGGAGGAGGGAAAAAAGCACAAGCGAAAAUUCAACAGAAGCCAUUUCUAGGCUAGCUCAGAAACAUGGAGCCUAGUGCAGAGGAGAAGAGGAGUGGUAGCAGAGAAGAGGAGAGGCAGCAGCAGAGAGGAACGACAGGCCACUGGAAAGGGGACGAGGUGAAAGCUCUUCUGGUGGCGUGGAGAGAGAGGGAGGCCUGGGACGAGCCGGAGAGCAGGGCCAAGUACGAGGCCAUCUCAAGCCGGCUGAGAGAUUUUGGCAUUCUGAGGGACUGGCUCAGCUGCCAGACACAAAGCAGAGCGAUGGCUCUACCGGACUGGAGGCCUCCACCGCCCAGAUCACAGCCUGUCUACAGCCCAACAGGCCAGGCACCGGCCGACAGCAGGGCGACACAGAGGCCUUAUGAAGCGGCAGAAGAACACAGCAGCCCUGUCAACAGGAGAGAAGGGGCCACUUCCCUGAGCACUUUUCAGGAGGGCAUGGAGGGAGGGAGGCACUGGUCCGACAAAGAGAUCCGGGCUCUCCUCACCGUCUGGGCCGACCGGGAUGUCCAAGGGCGUCUACAGACCACCCAUCGAAACAAGGCCAUCUUUCAAGAGAUGGCCCGCCGCCUGGAGGUCCAGCAUGGCGUGGUGCGAGACUGGAGGCAAUGCCGCACCAAAUACAAGAACCUCAAAUAUGACUACAAGGUCAGCAAGAGCCAAGGUCGGUCCAUGCGCUUCUUUGCAGAGGUGGACGCCAUACUGCAGGGCAAGAUCACGGAGGACGGCCCAGAUGAGGACGAAGAUUCACCCAGGAAAGGACCAGAGGCAGAACAGGCAUCUGGGAGGAGUGAACCUGGAGAGGACCACUACAUUAAGAUCGACGAUGAUGAAAGUCUGGCAGACAUGCAAACAAUAAUCAACACAGGUUCUCAUCCACUCAUCACAAAAGAUACAGGUCCUACCAUAUCGCCAAUGAGUAGAAUGCCAGCAGAUGAUGCGAACGUGAUCACAGUUCACGAUUCUGGCCGGAACUGGACCGAGGAAGAGGUGGCAGCAUUGCUCAACAUCUGGGCAGAGGAGGGGAUCCAGCAGCAACUGCAGGUUUCUACCCGAAACAAAGAUGUGUUUGUGCAAAUAUCUCGCCGGCUUCUUCAGCAGGGGGUGGAAAGAGACUGGAAGCAGUGUCGCACCAAAUACAAGAACCUGAAAUAUCUUUACCGUUCUCUACAGAGAGGCAAAGCCGAUAUCGGGGACACUCGUCGCAUCAUGAAGUUUUAUGAACAGCUAGACAGCAUUCUGUCCAGGCCCAUCAGAGGCCUCUACAGGACUGCUGGGAUGUUCAGUCCUCCCAUGUUUGAAGAGCAUUCCUUUGGUGAAACACCUGCACAGGAGGACUGCGACGUCAUUGCUGUUGAAUAUGAUCAGCAGGCUAUAGAUGAUGCCAUUUUGAGGGGGUCUCCUGGCAUCAUCACCCGAGCAGCCCAAAAUCAGGCCAAAACAGAUACCAAUUUGAGAAGGUUAGAGGAGGACACUGAUGUGGAAUAUGAAACAGGGGCUCCGGUGGAUGGCAUGUUGGUGAGGUCAAACGACAGCGUGCAGGCAGGAUACGGAGAGCAGCCUUUGUGUAGUCACUCGGUCACAGCUGGAACAUACGAUGGAGGUCAGGAAUACAAAGUAAACAAAGAUGACACUGAGACGACGUUCAUGGAGAAGGAGCAUGCAGCGUCAAGCAGACGAAGAAAGAGGAAGGCCGCAGAUGAAGACUACAGUCUGACCUUUAAAAGGUUUCAUCAGAGCUUGGAUGAUGGAGACAGCAGUACAGAUUGGUCUGAGAACAUUGACUAUCAGUGCAAAGAAGAGCAGGAUCAAUACAUCCCAAUAAUGGAAAUCACCUCUGUGUGUUCAAUGGCCUCCAACACACCAGCAUCUGAAAACUUGGUGAGUUGCAGAAAUUUAUCCUGAUAAAUGAGAUUUCAGGAGAGGGCCAUGGUUUAAAUUGAUAGAGCUGCAUAUAAUAAGUGAGGUC